UUUUUUGUCUCAGAAAAAUUCUCUGAAACCCAAUAAGUAGCAUUUUUAGCAAAAUAGAGAUCGCGUGGAAUUUCUACUGCUGUAAAAGAUUUUAGAUUUUGACCUAUGUAAUUAACGUCAGUAGAUCUGAAAUCAACAUGAUAUUAUUGUAUGUACUGUUUGUUUUUGGUGUAGUUGUUAGUGCAAGUGGCGAUUCCUGUACGAGUUCUGGUGUGUGGACUUGGCAAUGCAAACAAGAACGAUGCGUCAAGGCUGAGACAACUGCUGUUUCACCUAGAGUCGAACUGAACACAUGCAAGCUAACAUGUGGGAAGUAUUCCAUGCUCUUUCCCAAACCAUCCGGAUACACAUCCCUUGGGAAAAACACCGUCCCCUUUGUGCCUAUUCGUGUGAAGCUUGAUAGAAUCAGAUGCUUGAAAGGAGUAUGUUCUCAUGGCGUUAAAUGGUUGAUCAAUAACGCUUAUAAUGUCUUUCAAAGAGAACUUCAAACUACGUAUAACAAAGUUUCGUUGAACACUCAACAAAGUAUUAAAUGUACGCAGGAAGCACAGCAGAGAGAGGUCAGAAUAAAUCUCAUUCUUCAAUCCGACGUCACGAAGCUUACCAUUGAAACCGACGAGAGUUAUUCUCUGAAAAUUACCACGACGACAAAAGCAGUUGUUGUAGCAAUAUCUGCUAAGACUUUCUUCGGCGCAAGACAUGGUCUGGAAACAGUGAGUCAACUAACGGCAUACAGCGAAUCCCAUGACGCUCUUCAAAUCGUUAGCGAAGCCGACAUUAGAAAUGAUAAACCAGCGUAUCCGUAUCGAGGACUUCUAUUGGAUACAAGUAGAAACUUUUUCUCCGUGGAUAACAUCAUGAGAUUGAUUAGUGCAAUGUCUUACAAUAAAAUGAACACAUUGCAUUGGCACAUCACCGAUACUCACAGUUUUCCCAUCGAAAUCAAGUCGCAACCGGAGAUGCUUCAGUACGGAGCCUAUUCUCCCAGGCAUGUAUAUACGCAUAAAGACAUCCGCAAAAUCGUAGACCAUGCAAAGGUGAGAGGCGUGAGAGUAAUGCCUGAAUUUGACGAACCUGCUCAUUGUGGAGAAGGCUGGCAAUGGGGACCUAAAGCCGGGUUAGGAAAUUUAGCUGUUUGUGUCAACAAGGAACCAUGGCAGAAAUACUGCGUUGAACCACCAUGUGGGCAGUUAAAUCCCACCAACGAUAAUGUAUAUGAUGUACUAGCGAAAAUCUACAAAGAGUACCUGGAUUUGUUUGAUCCGGAUUUAUUUCAUGCGGGCGGAGAUGAAAUCAACAUAAACUGUUGGAACACUACCAAGGAGAUCACUGAUUGGUUAAAAACGAACUAUGGUGGUGUCACUGAGAAGAACUUUAUGGACAUGUGGGGGAUGUUUUUAAAGAAAUCAUCUGACAAGCUAUACAAAGAGUUUAAAGGCAAAGAUUUGCCAAUGAUAUUGUGGACCAGCAAGAUGACAACAGAUAAGUAUCUCACCAAAUACCUUGACCCAAAGAAGCACAUUAUUCAAAUAUGGACAGGCACAAAGAAUGGACAAAUCGCUGACAUUGUCCAAAAUGGAUUUCGUACAAUAUUUUCUACUUAUGAUACUUUAUACCUGGAUUGUGGCUAUGGAAACUGGCUUGUAAAGGGUAACAACUGGUGCUCGCCGUAUAAAGACUGGAAACUUUUAUAUGAGAAUGAUCCUGUGAAAAUUCUUCAAACGUUUGGAGUGACUGUUACUGAUCAAAUGCGAAAAACUAUACUUGGACAAGAAGCAGCCAUGUGGUCGGAACAGGUUGAUGGUCAAACAUCAGAAGGCAAAAUCUGGCCACGAACAGCUGCACUUGCUGAGCGCUUGUGGUCGAAUCCGAAGCAUGACUGGCGUGGUGCUGAAUACAGGUUGAUUUUCCAUCGUGAAAGAAUGAUUGAAAGAGGGAUACAAGCCGAUGCAUUGCAGCCCUUGUGGUGUGAGCAGAAUGCUGGACAUUGUUAUUACGAUCCAAAUAUUAAAGGAGAACAUUAAAAAGAAAUGUACCAUUGAAUGUCUGAACGUAAAAUAUAUACAUUUGCUACAUUAAAAA